AUGGCUGUCGCUAAAAUUCAUACGUGGAAAGCAUUCGAAUACCAUUGGCGUUUGUGGAAAUUUUUUGGUUUAAAAUCACCGCCUCGUAACUCAGUGUGGUUUAAACCGUAUGUGGCGUAUGCAAUAUUAUUAAAUAUUAGCGUAACAUUAUUGUUUCCAUGUACACUAAUCAUUAAUCUGUUUUUAUCCAAGAGUAUGAAUGAAUUCUGCGAAUAUCUCUAUCAUACGAUAACAGAUGUGAUUUGUAAUAUCAAGUUUUUAAAUUUGUUUUUGGUGCGCAAGAAACUUUUGCAAAUCAAUCAAAUUUUGAAACGUUUAGAUAUGAGAGCUCAAACGCUAGAAGAGAUUAAUGAAUUGCAAAAGGGUGUGAAUUCGGCUCGAAAUUGUUUCAAAAUUGUUGCACGACUGUUUAGCGUUGCGUUAAUUACCAGUCAAUUGGUGGCUUAUCUCUCACCGGAACGUAUCCUAAUGUAUCCGGCUUGGUUUCCUUGGGAUUGGCACGCCUCAAAAAGGAAUUUUCUUUACGCUUAUUCAUAUCAAUCGUAUGGUUUGAUAUUGCAAACAGCGCAAAAUCUCGGUAGUGAUACUUAUCCGCAAGCCUAUCUUGUCAUCUUGAUCGCUCAUACAAAAGCAUUAUCAUUGCGCAUCAAAACUUUGGGUAGCAAAGUAACUCCAUGCAGUACCGUGAAUGCAGAAUUUAAAAAAAAAAUCGAAAAUCACUUAUAUCGUGAAUUAAUCGAGUGCAUAAUUGAUCAUGAAACGAUUAACGAUCUAUUUCGUAUCGUUCAACAGGGCAUCUCCAACACUUGUUUGGCUCAAUUCUUUUGCACUGGCCUUGCGCAAUGCACUAUCGGUGUUUAUACUUUCUAUGUGGGAUUGGAUUAUUCAAAAUUGCUAAAUAUUAUUGCCUACAUUUGUGCUGUAACGGCGGAAAUUUUCAUCUUAUGCUAUUACGGUGACUUGUUCUGCCAGGCGAAUGAACAACUUAUUGAUUCAAUAUACUCAUGCAAUUGGGUGGAUCGCGAAAAAAAAUUUAAACAAGCUCAUCGCUUUCUAUUACAAAGAUCUCAAAAGAUCAAUACAGUUAUGGCUGGUAAUAUAAUACCCGUCAGUUUACCCACAUUUGUUACGGUUAUGAAAACCGCUUACUCAGCGUUUACCGUACUCAACAAUUUGAAUUAAAACUGAAAUCAAUGAAA